GGUAACUUGAGUGUGCAUAAUCAGUGUGGUCUACCGAUCUUGCAGCCAUAUCGGCCAACUUUGAUCCUUGAUCGGCCAACUAGAACCUCCCGCAACCAGCAAUAAUUCACACCACGCAGCAGAACUGUCUUCCAGCAGCCAAUACUUGAGGAUGAUAUAUUCCAGGCUGACUCCUCUCUUCAUGAGACGGAUAUUCCCUAUCAUCAACAACGAUUACAUUUCUCAUUUCUUGUUCUCAAGACAUUCCAUUACUCAGAGCUUUGAACUCAGGCCAAUUUCAGUCCAGGAAGAGACCCUUGACCGAUAUGGGAGUCAAGUGGGGGCAGCUCAAGGAGCGGCUGCAAGUGCCGAAAGAUGAGGAUUCCUACUACACUAACACUACAUGGUGCAACCGGGACUUGAUCCCAAUGCCGGUAGACCGACGGACUUGGGGCAUCUGGGGUUACUUUGGGUAUUGGACUGUCUCAGGAUCCUGCAUUUCCGCAUGGUCGACAGGAAGCACACUCCUUGCCUUCGGACUUAGCCCACAACAAGCCAUCGGUGUGGUGAUCGUGGGAGGCGUCCUCACGGGACUUUUGGCGGUAGCUUGUGGCUGGAUGGGCGAGAACCAUCACAUCGGAUUCACUGUGUCGUCUCGAUUCUCUUGGGGCAUGCGAGGCAGUUACUUCCCCGUCGUGCUGAGGGUGUUUGUUGCCUGCAUGUGGUUUGGAAUGCAAGCCUAUUGGGGCGGGCAGGCGACGAGAGUCCUAUGGGGUGCCAUCAUUCCAGGUUUCGCGAACAUGAAGAACUUCUUCAGCGACGGGUCACACCUUUUGACAAAGGAUUUCAUUGGGUUGAUCAUUUGGAUGAUCGCAUUUAUCCCACUUGUCCUCGUCCCUCCCGAGCGUCUCCAGGUCCCAUUCGCCAUAUCUUUUUGCCUCUUUGCCGGCUCUUGCAUCGGGCUGCUGGUCUGGUCGGUCCACAAUGCUGGCGGUGCAGGAAGUAUGUUCCACGAGCCUGGCUCUUCCGAGAACACAGGCUGGGCUUUCAUGUUUGGCAUCACAGCCAUCCUUGGUGCGUGGGGUGCCGGAACCCUGGGCCAGUCCGACUGGACUCGUUAUGCCAACCGGAAGUUCGCUCCAACUUUAUCGCAACUCGUUGCCGCACCGAUUACCAUCGCCGUCACUGCCACGAUCGGGAUCAUUGUGACUAGCGCCUCGAAGGAUAUCUUGGGCGAGAUUGUCUGGAACCCCAUAUAUCUACUCGCCGACAUCCAAGACGAGUACCAUUCAAGUCCAAGAUCAAGAGCAGGAGUGUUCUUCGCAAGCAUGGGACUCGUCAGCUCACAACUCGCAAUCUCCGUCGUCUUGAACUCGGUAUCGACCGGAAUGGAUAUGGCUGGUCUUUGUCCAAAGUACAUCAACAUCCGUCGAGGGUCAUACAUCAUGGCGGUCAUUGGCAUUGCCACUCAACCAUGGCAACUUUUGAGCACUGCAAGCAGAUUCCUCAAGGUUCUCAGCGGGUUCGGAGUAUUCAUGGCGCCAGCUACUGGCGUUAUGCUGGCUGACUACCACGUUAUCCGUCGCCGCAAGCUGAAGCUGAAUGAUUUGUACACUGGUGACAGCUCUUCGAUCUACUGGUUCACCAACGGCGUCAAUUGGCGUGCGCCUGUCGCCUUUAUGUCUGGAGUCUGGCCAUUGCUGCCUGGUCUCGUUGGAACAGUCAACAGCUUGACAAGUCAAUUGUUCGUCGGCUGGAUCCGUCUGUACAACCUGACGUUCAUCAUUGGCCUAGCCAUGAGCUUCGUCAUCUUCUGUGGCUUGAACUACGUCUUUCCGCCUACAGGUCUGGGUCUGGAAGCUCCGUUCGUGGAUGAGGUCUUGUCCGGUGUCGAGCAGCAUGGUGCAAACAUUGGAAGUGAGAAGUCUGAUGAGGAGAGUGGCAAGCAUGCGGCUAUGGCGACAGUAGCCAUGUAGUCUGGGUCAUCUCGACCGGCGUCCUAUGAUCAUAUGUACAGGGACAACAUACUUUAGAGACAAAGAUCGCAUUCGAGAAUACUUUAGUUCAUGGUUGCUGGAGCGAAAGUCAGUCUUAGACUCGUCUGCCAUAUACACCAGCUGCCAAACUCUUCGUUGACUGGGUAGGUGUCAGGCCUAGUGGCACUGUCUAAAAGCUGCAGCUCGCCAGCUUCAGACUGAUACAUUCCUCAGUGUCACUGAGGAGGCUUUCGCAAAUAACAUCGUAGCGUGCGGCGUUGACGUGAAGAGGGUCAUCAGCUGUAAC